AGCACCACAUUCUGCUUCCUGCGUCUCAAAGUUACAGUCUGCAUCAGAAACUUUCAGCAGUCGAAGUGACGCUCCAGCUCUGCAUCUGUGUUUUGGUUUACUUCAUCCAUUACAGAAGAAGAGGCACAACAAAGCUGAUCAACAGGUUUGACUCCGGUCCUCAGGAUGGCUGUGAAGCUGCCAGGGCUCUGCCUGCUGCUGCUGGUUCUGUUGGGUCUCAGCUGGGCCAAGAAACACCCAUGUCCCAUCUUUGCUAAAAGCUGUGAAGAGUGUAUCCAGUCUGGACCAGAAUGUGGAUGGUGCACUAAAUAUACAAACACUCACUGUAAUACUGUGAAAUAUCUGCAGAGAGCAGGCUGUCGUAACCACCACAUCUACAACCCUCAGGGCAGCCUGCAAAUUCUCCAGAACUACAGCAGCUCCGACACAGCAGACGGCAGCUCUCUGUUCCUGCAGCCUCAGCAGGUUUCCCUCCAUCUGAGGCCAGCGGUCAGCCAAUCUUUCCCUCUGACCAUCUCCACGCCAACAGAUCAGCCAAUCACAGAGCUGACUCUGGAGACCAGUGAGGUGCCGGCGGGCAUCAACAUCACAUUCAGCAGUGUACAGCGAGGAAGCCCCCUGAUGAUGCAGGUGAAUGUGGAAGCUGCCGGGUGUCCCAACACGAGUGACAGCGUAAACCAGAACCAAACUGGACCCUGGUCCAUCCAGAUCACACCCAGAGGCUUCACAGUCAGCCUGAAGUUAGAGAUAACUUUGCAGUGUCGGUGUAGCUGCACUCAACACCGCCAGGAAAAGAGUCCAGACUGCAAUGGUUUUGGCUCUCUGGUGUGUGGAAGGUGUUACUGUGAAAAGAACCUCGCUGGAUCUCGCUGCCAGCUCCUGAGUGACGAGUUCCUCACCCGAGACGAACGUCACUGUCGCAGAGACGAAACCAAACCGCUGUGCAGCGGCAGAGGAACCUGUGUGGAGGGAACCUGUCAGUGCAACAGGCGACCAAACCCAGCAGAGGGAUACAGCGGAGCUUUCUGCGAGUGCAGCAACUUUGACUGUCCAUACCACAACAACAGCAUCUGUGGAGGCAACGGCAGGUGUGAGUGUGGAAAGUGCAUCUGUGAUCCUCUCUGGACCGGUGAAUCCUGCGAAUGCUCCAUGGACACUACUUCCUGCUUGGCAAAAAACCAGCAAGUGUGUAACGGACGAGGGUUCUGUGAGUGUGGAGCAUGUCGAUGCACCGAUCCAAAGUUUUCAGGGCCGACCUGCGAGGAAUGUCCUUUCUGCCCGGGCAGGUGUACGGCGCUCCACAACUGUGUGGAGUGUUGGGUGUCUGGAUUGGGACCCAGCAGGUGUGCCAGUGAAUGUGGACAAUACAACGUGACAAUGGUGGCAACUCACGACGAACUGUAUGACCCCAAAAAAAUGCCCAACUUGUGUAAAUUUUGGUUCAAGGAUCUCUGCUCCCUCUUCUUCGCUGUGCCGUUUCCUGGACAGUCGACUAUCCCUGCACUUUUACAGUGUGAUCAGCCUGAUCCUGCUUCUAGAUUCAGUUUUAGCUUCGCAGAUGUUUAAUGUUCUUGCUCUGAAUCCCUGAACAGUUUUAUUCACUUUAAUUACUGCCAGAAAGUGUCAUAAUUGUAAGAUUAUAACAUAUACAUCUUCUGACAACAGUGCGAUGUCUUCUUGGAACUUCAAACUACACAUAUUCUUCUAGUUUUCACUCUUUUACUGCAACAUGUUGUCAUGUUCAGCAUCCAGCUUCAUUUACAAGCUAAGUUAAGAACAACAUCUAGCUUCCUGUUGUUGAAGGACUUACCGCCAUCCGUAUGAUGAUGCAGUUGUUCCUGGCGGUGAGGCUAGUGCUGUGCUGGAAGCGAAGAUCUCGGGCCUGCAGACUGAGCUCCUGGCAGAGCUCCGUCUUCUUCUUUUCUGCCACAGGAAAAGAGACAGAGUGUAAUUCUCAGCACUGUCCUCAUGUCCUCAGGGGGCAGUGUUGGUUCGGUAUACGUCUGGUAGGGACCACAUAAUUUCACAUAUUUACGGUGCUUUAAUUAAUAACUACUUGCACAUCUUUUUGCACGAAAUAUUGAAUGUCUUUCCAAGGCCAUUAACUGAUACCUGGAACCGAUAUACAUUGAUAGUUAAUUAUUAACAGCAUGUAAUAGCAGGUAUCUGUCAUUUAUAGCUGGGUGUGAGCAUUAAUAAUCAUUACUGUAACUGAAACCAUAGGAUUAUAAAUUUAAAAUAUCAUAUAUUAACAGCAGGAAUGUGUCAUUCAUUACUAGGUUUGAUCAUUAACUGUAACUGAAUAUGUACAAUAGAAACAGGAGUGAUGAUGUCAAAUCAUCCUGUGAUGCUACGAUGUUCUCCUGUUUACCAAUCAAUUGAUUGACUGAAAUCAAUAAUAGUUUGUCUCUUGACAAAGAGACAAACUAUUGUCUCUUCUGUUUUAUUCAUCUUUUUCUAUUCUGUCUCUUUUAUUUCCCACUAAGGUCCAGAUCUUAAAGCUGUAUUAGUUAUUGUCUGUUUUGUUCUGCAUCUGUCUCUGUGUAAUCAAUGGCUUUCAGUGAUUGGCUGUUAAUUCGGACAUUUCACAGCCAAUCAGAUCAUUCUGUGGGCGGGGCUUUACUGAGACCACAGAGUGACAGCAACAGAGAGGAGCUGCAUCAGUGCCAAAGAGAACAUGUAAUAUAUUUUAUCAAUAAUCAGUUGAUAAAAAUAACAGUACAAAUAAUCCCCAAAUAUCAGCUUCAAUAACCGGCUGAUCCCUGAUUCUCAUCAUGUUCUAGAUAAAUAAACUGAAUGACUGACUGUAAA